AUGCACUUGUCUUUUCUUCUUGAGCCUAACAUUGCGUUAGGCUGGAUUCCAACAAUCGACGCCCAGGCGACGGCCGCGGCCCUCUCCGUCACUAAGGACCUGCCGCGGUCGUCGCCCACUUACCGGCCUAGGACACACCUUCGCCUAGUCCUAGGCCGGUCAGAAUACGCAUCGGCAGUCGAGAUUUUCGAUGGAAUGAGACAAGAAAUUCCAUCCAAAUUCCCAUCCCAGAUGCCAUCGGAAAUCUCAUCGGAAUCCUACUUUCGGCAACCAUUCGGCAGCCCAGAGACACAAGGUUCCACUGCCGGCAAACAUUUCACUCUUGACGACAGAGUCUUUGUCCUUACUCUUCUCAACAAAGUCUUCGUCCUCGCUGUUGCCGACAGAGCUUUCAUCCCUCCUCUUGUCGACAGAAUCCCCGUCCUCACUCUAGACGUCAGAGUCCUCGUCCUCAAGCUUGACAACCCUCGUCUUUACUCUUGA